AAAAAAUUGAAUAUAAUGUCUUUGCCUUCAAAAGAAAAGAUAUUUGUCGGUUCGUUUAUUCACACUAAUCAAUAUGGAGAAUUGAUUAUUGUUGUUCACGGUAUGAUUCACGUUAAAAAUGGCAAGAUUUGUAAUAUAGUAGUCAAUCCAAAAUUAAGUGAUAUCAAAAAUGAAAAUGUGAGUGUUCUUAGCAACAGUCAAUUUUUAAUACCAGGAUUUAUUGAUUGUCAUAUUCAUGCUGUCCAAUUACCAAAUUUAGGUGUUGGGUAUGAUAAAAAGCUUUUAGAAUGGUUGGAACGCUAUACUUUUCCUUUGGAAAAAAAAUAUGCAGAUGACAAAUUUUCUGAACAAGUAUUUAAUACAGUUGUAAAACAAACUGUAGUAAAAGGUACAACAACUGCAUGUUAUUUUGCAUCUCUAUAUUCAAAAGCUUCUGUACUACUUGGACAGGCAGCAAUUAAUAUAGGUCAGCGUGCUUUUAUUGGGAAAGUCAGUAUGAAUAUGAAACGUAAUGAUGAUUACUAUGAAACUACAGAUGAAUCUAUAAAAAAUAUAAAUAAAUUUAUAGAAACAUUGAAUAACUUAAAUAGCCACCUCAUAAAACCAAUUAUAACACCAAGAUUUGCCUUAAGUUGUGAUAUGACACUGAUGAAAGAAUUAGGAAAAUUAGCAAAGAAUAAAAAUCUUCACAUCCAGACACAUAUCUCAGAAAAUCUAGAUGAAAUAGAAGCUGUAAGGAAUAAAUUUCCUGAAUACUCUUCAUAUGCAGCCGUGUAUGAUGCGGCUGGGAUUCUUACAAAUAAAACAGUGUUAGCUCAUGGAAUAUAUCUUUCGGAUAAUGAAAUUGCAUUAAUAAAUGAACGUGGUGCAGCAAUUGUACAUUGUCCUUCAUCAAAUACAUGUUUAAAAAGUGGCCUCUGUGAUAUCCAAAGACUGAAAAGUAAAGGGGUAAAAAUAGGACUUGGCACUGAUGUUUCAGGUGGACAAAGUUGUAGUAUUUUAGACACAAUGAAAGCAGCUUUACAAGUAUCAGUUCAUUUAUCAUUGAUUAGAGAUAAUUAUGAAGCACUUAAUUAUAAAGAUGUAUUUCAUAUGGCUACUUUAGGGGGUGCAGCAGCCCUUGCGAUGGAUAAUCAGAUAGGAAAUUUUGAAGUAGGUAAAGAAUUUGAUGCACUUGUUGUGGACAUAGAUGUAAGUGAUGGAAUUUUGAAUAAUUUGCAAAGUAGUACAUUGGAAGAAAAGUUACAAAAAUUCAUAUAUUCUGGAGAUGAUCGUAAUAUAGUUGAAGUAUAUGUAAAUGGAUGUAAAAUUAAAUAAUGAAAUUCCUUUACACUCCUAGCAGCUUGCUCGAAUGCUUUUUCAAAACCAGCACUGUCAGCAUCC